AUGAAGAGUUUCAUCUUUCGACUCGAGUUUGUGCUGCUGAUCAUUGUGUGUACAUCGCCACAGCUAUCGCUGCAGAUGGUGUUAACUGAUGUUCGGCUGGUUGAGGGGCAACCAAACUCGGGUCGAGUCCAAGUACAAAUCGACAACUCAACGUGGAUUGAUGUGUGCGAUGACAUGUGGGAUGACGAGGACGGUCGAGUGGUCUGUCGGCAGCUGGGAUUUCCAGGGCUGGACGAACAUUUGAGAGGCCUUCCAAUUGGACAGCAAAGUACAAAAUCAGCCACAAGGUUUAAUUGCGACAGAAGUGAUUCUACACUUUCGGAAUGCAGGCACGUCAGUAGUGACAUGAUGUGUGGCUCUGACAAAGGAGCAGGAGUUACAUGCAGUGGUGUGAUUACUGAUGUUCGGCUGGUCAGUGAGCCUUCGCAGCCAAACUCGGGUCGAGUCCAAGUACAAAUCAAUGGCUCCAUUACGUGGAUUGAUGUGUGCGAGAAUGGGUGGGAUGAAGAUGACGGUGGAGUGGUCUGUCGGCAGCUGGGAUUUCCAGGGCUAGCCCAACAUUUGAGAGGCCUUCCAAUUGCCGGACAGCAAAUCUAA